AUGGCCAAGGAAAUUGGCAUAAUAACAGGCGGCGUCUCAGGCAUCGGCCUCGAAACAGCCAAACGCCUGAAUGCCACCGGAUCCUGGACCCUCCACCUCCUCGACCGCAACCGCGCAGCCGCAGACGCAGCCCUCCACGCCGUUCCGGGCGCCACCUUCCACGAAGUCGACCUGACAUCUUACGACACCCAGGCGCAAGCCUUCCAAGCCAUGACCCUAAUAAUACUGUUACUGGCAACAGUGAUAGCGACGGCUUAUCUGGCACUGCAUUAUAUGCGCCUGAGCCCGCAUCGGGGCAAAGGGGGCGUGAUUGUGCUGACGGGGAGUAUCGGGGGGCUUUACGCUGCAAGCUUCCAACCAAUCUACGGCGCUGCAAAGGCCAGCACAAUCCACUUCGUCCGCGGCGUCGCGUCCCCGCUGUACCACAACGACAGGAUCCGCAUCUGCACCGUCUGCCCCGGGAACGUGCACACGAAUAUGCUCCGCGCGGACGAGUGGAGCGCGUUCCCGCCGGAGUUCUUCUCGCCCGUCGAGAGUCUCGCGCAGGCCGUUGAGAUGGUUAUCGCCGGUGGCGAGAUGGUUGAUUGCACCGGGCGGCUCGCUGUUCUGAGGGGUAAAGACUGGGGGUUCACGGUGGAGGUUUAUGGGAGGGAUAAGCUGUAUUUCCGGGAUCAGGUUGACUUUGCAGACGGGGAUAUUCGGACGGUUAUUGAGGUAGCGAGUGUGGACAAUGCUGUUGCGGCAGGGAUUGCGGGGGGUAGUUAG